AUGCGGUUGUCCAACAAGUCAAUCCUCCUCCUGGAGCUAGCUGGCGCGGCUCUCGCCAUGCCAUCCAGACGUGCUGUCACGGCUCCUGUGGCCGAUCAUGCCAGAGCCCACGAUGUCAAGGAAGCCUUUGAAAUUUCGUGGAAUGGCUACUAUAAGCACGCCUUCCCUCACGACACUCUCCACCCCGUGACCAACAGCUACGUGGAUGAUCGGGCCGGAUGGGGAGUGACUGUUGUCGAUGCGCUUGACACGGCUAUUGUCAUGAACAGCUUGGAGAUUGUACAGCCAAUGUUGGAUCACAUUGCCAAGAUUGACUUUACAACGACGGCCAAGGCCAACGAGGCCAUUUCGCUCUUUGAGACCAACAUCCGAUAUCUUGGCGGCCUUCUUUCAGCGUACGACUUGCUCAAGGGCCCAUAUAAGCACCUGGGAGCUGAUGCCGGCAAGGUCGAUGCGCUCUUGAAGCAAGCUCAGUCACUUGGUGACAGCCUCAGUGUGGCAUUUGAUACCCCGAGCGGUAUUCCCGACCCAACCAUCUUCCUGAACCCAACCAAGAAAAACAGCGGCACUGAUAGGAACAAUAUUGCCGAAAUUGGCACCCUGGUUCUUGAAUGGACCCGUCUCAGCGACCUGAGCGGCAACAAGACGUACGCCGAGCUGGCGCAAAAGGCAGAGAACUACCUCCUGCACCCCACGGGGGCUCCCGAGGCGUGGCCCGGCUUGAUCGGCACCUGGGUCAGCACCGGGGACGGCAGCUUCUUGGACAGCAGUGGCGGUUGGUCUGCUUACGACGACAGCUUCUACGAGUACCUGAUCAAGAUGUACGUGUACGAUCCCAAGGCCUUUGGCGAGUACAAGGACCGCUGGGUGGCCGCAGUGGACUCGACCAGGAAGCAUCUCGUGUCGCACCCAACGACCCGGAAGGACUUGUCUUUCCUGUCUGCGUACAGCGGACAGCAAACCAUCCCUAGUUCCGGACACUUGGCCAGCUUCGCCGGCGGCAACUUCAUCCUGGGCGGCAUCGUCCUCGGCGAAGAGAAAUACAAGCAACUCGGGCUCCAAAUCACCGACUCGUACUAUGAGACGUACGUCCAAGAAGCAGCCGGCAUCGGCCCAGAGGGCUUCAACUGGGUAGACGCAGGCCUGUCGGCCGACAGCCCCAACAACAGGCCGCCGCCGGCGAACCAGGCCGAGUUUUACAAAAAGGCCGGCUUCUACAACACAUCGCCCUACUACAUCCUGCGGCCCGAAACCGUGGAGUCCGUCUACUACGCGUACCGGCUCACGGGCGACAAGAAGUACCAGGACAUGGCGUGGGCCGCGUUCCAGCAGAUCCGGAGGCUGUGCCGCGUAAACGACGCCUAUGCCGAGCUGACCGACGUCUCCAAGAAGAACGGCGGCAGCUUUGUAGACGAGAUGCAGAGCUUCUGGAUGGCCGAGACGCUCAAGUACCUGUACCUCACCUUUGCGGCCGACGGGCCGGUGCAUGUGCAGGGCCAGGGUGCCGCGAACCAGUUUGUGUACAACACCGAGGCGCAUCCCGUGGCCGUGAGGGGAUGA